CCUCUAGUCACCGCAACGAGAUGAUCUCUCUUCUCUCCAGGUAUGUUGCUGGGGGCAAAGGAAUACUACAAUCACAUGACCUGAGGCACGAGGUAGAAAAGAUUCUUGAAGAGGAUGAAGGGAUGUGGAAACUCAAAGAUAGCCCCUUUGUCAAAGAGCUAGAAUCUGCAAAGGAAGCCAUAGUUAUACCUCCUUUUGUGUCAAUGGCUUUGCGUCCAAGACCUGGUGUUUGGGAGUAUGCUCGUGUUAAUGCAUUUGAACUCAAUGUGGAUAAUCUGAGUGUUGCAGAAUAUCUACGAUUCAAAGAAGAACUUGUAGAUGGAGAGUGCAAUGGCAAAAACGUGCUUGAACUAGAUUUUGAGCCAUUUAAUGCAACAUUCCCUGGACCAACUCGAUCAUCCUCUAUUGGUAAUGGGGUUCAAUUUCUCAACCGUCAUCUAUCAUCAUUCAUGUUUCGUAACAAAGAAAGUUUGGAACCUCUCCUUGCUUUUCUUCGCGCACACAAAUAUGAUGGCCAUGCAAUGAUGCUAAAUGACCGCAUCCGUAACAUAUCCAAGCUCCAGUCUUCUUUGGCAAAGGCAGAAGAAGUCCUUUCUAGGCUCAUACCCAAUACACCAUAUUCUGACUUUGAAUAUGAACUACAAGGAUUGGGAUUUGAGAGAGGUUGGGGUGAUACAGCAGAGAGGGUGUCAGAAAUGGUGCAUCUUCUAUUAGACAUCCUUCAAGCUCCUGAUCCAAACACCUUAGAGACAUUUCUAGGAAGAAUUCCUAUGGUGUUCAAUGUCGUAGUUGUAUCACCACAUGGUUACUUUGGCCAAGCAAAUAUUCUGGGUUUGCCUGAUACUGGUGGGCAGACUAUAUAUAUACUUGAUCAAGUGCGUGCCUUGGAAAAUGAGAUGCUUGACAAAAUUCAAAAACAAGGACUUGAUGUGUCUCCGAAAAUUCUGAUCGUUACAAGAUUGAUACCAGAGGCAAAAGGGACAACAUGCAAUCAGAGACUGGAAAGAGUUAGUGGAACUGAGCACACAUAUAUAUUGCGAGUAACUUUCAGAACUAAGAAUGGAAUUUUGAGAAAAUGGAUUUCAAAGUUUGACAUGUGGCCUUAUCUAGAGACAUUUGCUGAGGAUGCAUCACACGAAAUUGCAGCUGAGUUACAAGGAAUUCCUGAUCUGAUAAUAGGAAACUACAGUAAUGGAAAUCUUGUUGCAACCUUGUUAUCGUAUAAGCUAGGAAUCACACAGUGCAACAUAGCUCAUGCAUUGGAGAAAACUAAGUAUCCUGAUUCCGAUAUAUAUUGGAAAAAAUAUGAAGACAAGUACCAUUUUACUUGUCAAUUCACAGCUGACCUUAUUGCAAUGAACAAUGCGGAUUUUAUAAUCACUAGUACAUACCAAGAAAUUGCAGGAAGCAAGAAUAAUGUUGGACAAUACGAGAGCUACACUGCCUUCACUCUUCCAGGACUAUAUCGUGUAGUUCAUGGCAUAGAUGUUUUCGAUCCAAAGUUUAAUAUCGUGUCUCCUGGUGCAGACAUGCGCAUGUAUUUUCCAUACUCCGACACAGAAAAGAGACUAACUUCUCUACAUGGUUCGAUUGAAAAGCUGGUAUAUGGUGCUGAACAGAAUGAAGAGCACAUUGGCUUGUUGAAUGAUAGAUCAAAACCAAUUAUCUUUUCAAUGGCAAAACUUGAUGAAGUGAAAAAUGUGACGGGGCUUGUUGAAUGCUUUGGUAAAAGCUCCAAGCUGAGAGAGCUUGUGAAUCUUGUGGUAGUUGGUGGUCACAUUGAUGUACACAAGUCUAGGGACAAAGAAGAAAUGGGGGAGAUAGAGAAAAUGCACAGCCUCAUAGAAAAAUACAACUUACACGGCCAAUUUCGUUGGAUAAAGGCCCAAAUGAACCGUGCUCGUAAUGGGGAGCUAUACCGUUGUAUUGCUGAUGUGAAAGGUGCUUUUGUGCAGCCUGCUUUUUAUGAAGGGUUUGGCCUAACAAUUGUGGAAGCUAUGUCUUGUGGUCUUCCUACGUUUGCCACCUGUCAUGGUGGCCCUGCUGAGAUAAUUGAGCAUGGCAUUUGUGGAUUCCAUAUUGAGCCUCAUCACCCUGAUCAUGUUGCUGCAAUGUUAAUAAACUUUUUUGAGCAAUGCCAGCAUGAUCCUGGCUACUGGAACAAGAUUUCUGAUGCAGGGUUUAAGCGCAUUCAUGAGAGGUAUACAUGGAAGAUAUACUCUGAGAGGCUCCUGACUUUAGCUGGUGUGUAUGGCUUUUGGAAGCAUGUGUCUAAGCUUGAGAGGCGAGAAACUAGGCGGUACUUGGAGAUGUUUUACAUUCUCAUGUUCCGGGAUAUGGUAAAAUCAGUUCCACUGGCAGUCAAUUAAUUAGCAUCUUUAGACUUCGUUGAUGGAGUUUUUCUGCUUGAUGUUCACUCAUGAGUUUACUUGUAGAACAGAAGAGAAUGCUAUAUAUGUAUGUUUGUAGAUGUACUUUGUUUUGAUUUUCUUUUGUUACUUUAUACAUUUAAUUUUAUAUAUACAUGUAUAUAAAGAGAAUUUCUUAUUUUAGUGAA